AAAAGGAGAGAAAAUAUAAUGAUAUUUUGAUUUGAAUUUUUUUUUUUUUUGUUUUUAAACUUUUUUUUUUUAAUAUCUAUAAUUGGGUAAAAAGUGUUGUUACUAUGCAGUUACUACACAAUUACAGAAUGUGGGGUUGUUGGAUUUGUUUAUGCAUUGUUUAGGGGUGGGGGUGUAGGAAUAGCCACCUACACUAGAGUCUAGGAGCAUAGGAUGCUAAUUGUUAUUACAUGAACGAUGGACACCUCCACUUCCGGAUGCUAGGGCCCAGCCCGGCCCAAAUUUUGAUUUUCAACCAAAAAUGGCGUAAAUCGUUAACAACGAGGCACGAUAUUGAUCAUCAGCAAUUCCACCUAAUCUGUUUCAAUUGAACUCUACAAAAUCACAACAAAAUUUACAGAAAUAAAUUUCCAUAGUUUACAUGAUACUCUUAUACAAAUGGAAAUCACACUGCACUCAUCAUCUUCUUCAAUUUUCCAAUUAACCCCAUCUUUUUCCUCGUAUAAUCACCUCAAAUCUUCUACUAUUUCAUUUAGAAUUUCAAAUUUCUCCAAAUCCUCCAUUUCUUGCUCCGCAUCUUCAAAGGCAGCUUCAUGCUCAGCAAGUGACAGAGAACGGCGAAUUAAUAGUGUAGAAUCUCAUUAUUGUUAUGAUAAAGCUGUUCCCGAACAGAUAAUCGAGAAGCCGGUUGGCUUAUCGGUCGUUGAGAAAGAAAUAGGCGAUCAACCUCGGUGUGAUGAUUGCCAAACUAAAGGUGCCGUGCUUUGUUCAACCUGUGGUGGUUCCGGCUUGUACGUUGAUUCGAUAUUAGAGUGUCAAGGGAUCAUGCUUAAAGUUCGAUGCCUAGGUUGUGGAGGUACAGGCAAUAUCCUAUGCUCUGAAUGUGGUGGCAGAGGCCAUUUAUAAGCUGCUAGCUACAUCAGUAUUGGUGUCUGAUUGAUUUGGUCCUGUAAACUUGUAUCAGGUCUGUUGUGGCUAUUUUAAUGCCCUAAAUAUUACUUGUGACAAAAUUUCUGAUAAUUUAAUACAAAGUAUUUAUUUUCCUGUCCA